AUGGCCGUAGCGUUGCGCACCGGUUAUGUGGGUGAGCAGAGCGCUGAGCGCCGUGUGAACUGCACUAAGUCUGUCAGCGUAGUGAUCCUGGGACUUGGGGAGCAGGGGAUUUUUUUCGCCCUCACGCUCCCUGUGCUCCCUCCGGAUCUCACUGCUGACGUACUCGUUGACCGGGGCGUAGAAGCUGUGGAAUGCGGAGGAUAUGACGGCAAUUUCCUUCUCUUCCCUCACGCUUUCGAGGCUGUCGAUCUGUCCGUACACGUAUUUCAUGAAGCCCUUGUAGCCCAUGAAGAGAUCCCUGUUUAUCUCCUCAGGCAGCUCCCCCAGCUCACUCUCCGCCUUUAA